AUGCACACAGCAGCAAGCAGCUUCAAAGACGACGCUUCAGGCGCGAAAUCUCAUAUCCGCACCCGUCUCCGCGAAUCACUCCGUCAGAGCAUCAUCCAUAAAUUCUACGUGAAUCAGCCUCCUCUCGUUGUCAAUGCCGGUGAUGGCGUUGGCGAGGAUGCGUGGGCGUGGAAAACGCUUAUGUUAUUACGGGAUGAGAUGCGCGCGCCGAAACUUAUGCCCCCUGGUGAGGUCUUUAUUGUUGAGACUAUGCGUGUUUUGCAACGGGAUGCGUUUACGUUGCCGGAUUUUGUGGGGGACGGUUAUCCUCGUCUUGGGAGGCCCGCUACUAGGGUUCAGAUUCGGUUUAUUCGUGAUGUUGAUGCUUGGUUUGGGGAGUUGAGGUUUGCUAGUGGGAUGUUGAGUGAUCAUAAUCCGGCAAGGUAUGAGACUAGUCUUGCUGCUUUGGCGAGGGGGGUUUUAGAUGAGUGA